AUGGGGCGGAAGAAGAUUCUCGCGGGGUCCCAGGCCCAGGAGGCUUUUGAGCUGAAGCCGUUCUGCUACUACUGCGACCGGGAUUUCGACAGCGUGAAGACCCUGGUGCAGCACCAGCGCACGAAGCACUUCAAGUGUGCGGAGUGCGGCCUCAGUUUCGACACCGUGACGGGGCUCCGCGUACACAUGCUCAACGCUUACAAGAGGACCAUGAAGGAGGUUCCCAACGCGACUACGGGCAGAGAGAACCCCGACAUAGUCGUGCACGGUAUGGAGGGCAUUCCGAAGCGUGUGUUGGAGGAGAGGACGCGCGGCGCGAUGGCGGAGCGGGCCGAGAAGGACAAGAUCAGAGAGGAGGAGACGAAGGAGCGGAACAAGUCGCGCGCUGCUGAAGAGGCGUCUUCGAAGCCGGCGGCGCAGAGGAAGCCCCCUGCUCCAGAAGCCCCGGAGCCGCCUGCCCAAGGCAGCGCGCCGCCCCUGCCUCCCCCGGACCCGCCCGCGCCGCGGCCCCGGCGCCGCGCGGGGCGCCGGCGGGCCUCAGCGCCAGGGUGGCGGAGAGCUGCUGGUGCCGAGGCCGCGCCCGCAGGCGGGCGCGCGGCCGGCCAGCGUGCCGGGCCUGCCGGGGCAGGCGGUGCCCCCCGCGCUCGCGGGCCUGCACCCCGCGGCGCUGCAGGCGCUGGCCAGCGCCGGGGCGCUGCAGCCGCCGAGGCUCGCGGGCGGCCCCGGCCAGGGCCCGGCGGGCUUUGCCGGCGUCCUGAGCGGCGCUCUCAGGAGGGGGGGGGA